GAUCUAGAUGACAAUGAGAGAGUGAAGCGUAAAUCAAUAAGGCGGAUGCGCAUUGCUCUUUUCCGCAUAUUUUCCUAUUUGGAUACACCGAGCCUGAUACAAGUUUCGUGUGUCAGUAAAGAUUGGUGUAGAGUUAGCCGACAUCCUUCCCUGUGGAAACAUGUAACAUUGGAAAACAGAGCAAUAUCAUCUGAGGUAAUAUAAAGGAGUUCAAAAGUUAAAACAGUUCACUUAAGAAAUAUAUCAAAAGAUAUUUAAUUAAAAAUAACAUAAUUUAUCAAAUCAUGAUAUUUACUUAUUUAUAAAUGUUGGUGACACAUUUUAAGCAUUCUGAAUGAAUUGAAGAUAUUCUCCUUGUAAUUCAAUGGUCUAAAUCAUCAAAUUAGUAGAAGACACGAAAAGAAAGUAUGUACAGUAAAUUAUAUAACUUUAACUCAUUCAUCUGUUAAGUAACAUAUUAAGCUGUUGAUUUGUUGAUAAUGCUUUUUGAAAAUUAUGUUAUCUUUUUUGUUUGGUAUAAAUAAAAACAGAAAAAUUGUUAAAAUAAAUGCUUUGAAAGUGAUAUUCAAUGAGGAAGAAAAAAUUCAUGCCCACUAUAAAAAACAUAUAUACAUAAAUGUAUGGUAUAAUUUUUCCCAUGACUCUGUGAUAAACAUCUUUAAGUUUAUUUUUAUUAUGAUUGAUGUUAUUAUAUAUAUAUAUAUAUAUAUAUAUAUAUAUAUGUAUAUAAUAACAUGAUAUAUAUACAUUUAUAUAUAUGUAAAUUUGGUUUUAUUAUAUAAGUUUUUAUAUAAUAAUUUAAGUUUAAGAAUACAAAAAUAACUCUAAUGAUCAAAAUAUUGUAAAUUUUAAAGUAACUUAAUCCACCAGCCACAACAUUUCUCAUUAUUUACAUUAUAAUUGAUUCAAAGAGCAAACUAAUCAUUAAAGAGCCAAACUUCUUUAAUGCCAUCCCCCCCAGCAAAAAAUACAGACUUUCAUUUUUUGCUGCAAAAUUAAGUUUUACAUUUUGUUGAGUUGAACUCUUUAGCGUCAGAGUCUCCUUAUUGAGUUUGUCACUGUGUCACCAAGUGUACAUUUAUUUGUUGACAGUUUAUGGUGACUCUGUCACAGUGGUGCACACAGACUCAGUCACUGUCACUUCAAGGUUUGUUUUUUUCACUCACUAUCACAAGCUGGCACAAUUAUAAGCUUCACUUUCACUUCUAUCAAAUAAUCACAGAUGACUAUUUUUAUCAUUUCAAUAAAUAAUUUUGUCUUUUCUUGGUUUAGAGUAUUUUUUUUUUAUCAUUGCUGAAAAGAAUAAAUGCAGGUUUUAUGAGUUGGACCUCUAUUAUGUAAAGCAAUUUUAUGGAUUGAACCUCUCUUAUGUAAAGAAUUGAAUGGAUUGGACCUCUGUUAUGUAAAGCAAUUGAUUUGGCUGGAUUGCUAUUAUUUAAAGAAGUUGAUUAUAUUGGACCUCUAUUGUGUAAAGCAAUUGAACUGGUUUUUAGAAAUAUUGAAAUCUACAGAGGUUGCAACACUUACUUCAAUCUGAAAUAUAACUAUUCUGCAGUUUUUAUAGAUCUCCAUUAAUCACAUUACCAGUGCACAUACACAUCCUAAUUAUAAAAUGUUAAAAAUUAAAAACGAAAUUGAUUUAAAAAAUCAAUUGUACAAAUGUAAGUUUACUCUUUACUUUUAUAAAAUGACAAUUUUAUGAAUCUUAAUUUUUCUCAUGCCUAGACCAACAAGAAACUUGGUGAGAACACAUUCCAUGUUGUAUAGAUGUUGAAAAUGAACAGAUGUUAUAAACUUUUUGCAAUAUCGUAACAUAUUCACUUGCUCUAGUACAGGGGUCCUCAAACUUUAACAAUCAGGUUGAGGGGGGAAGGGGGCUGUUCACUGUCCCUCAGACACUUGGGGACUGGUUGGAUGACCCUGUGAUACUUUUGAGGCUGGACUCUUGUUUGAAAAAAUAUGAACUAAUUCCUAUGCACAGAUCUUAUUUGUAAGUCACAAAAAAAAAAAAAAAAAAAGAUUUAAGAAAAAUUUUAAUCAACAAAAAUCUUGGGGACUGGUUGGAUGACCCUUUGAUACUUUUGAGACUGGACUUUUGUUUGAAAAAAUAUGAACUAAUUCCUAUGCACAGAUCUUAAUUGUAAGUCAAAAAAAAAAAAAAAAAAAACGAUUUAAGAAUAAUUUUAAUCAACAUAAAGUUAUUAGAAUUUCAAUGGGAAGCAUAGGCUAAAUAGAAGGUCAAUGUCUGGUUCUAUAUUUUUCACUGCCACCCAGGUGACCAGAAACAGGUUGGCUGGUUAAGGACCUCUUGUGGGCCAUAUCUGGCCCAUGGGCCAUAGUAUGAGGACCCUACUCUAGUACACAGAAUCUCUUUAACAGACACAGGGAAUAAUUAUUUAAUGAAAUUAUACAACAGCUAUCUAUUUUAAUGAUGAUACAACUAUAAAAUGAUUACUUUCUGAAAAAAAUCUGAAGUUAAUCAUUGAAAUUUUUUUCAAGUUCUUGAAUAAAUUUCAUUUUUAUGUGUUUUCCAAAUCAAAUUAUAGACCUGUAAAACAAUUUGCAAUGGUCCAAAGUUUUUUCUCCAUAGAAUAUAAAAUAUCUUUUGACUGUUGCAUUAUCCUAAUUUUGAAAAUUUCUUCUAAAAACACAGUAUGUUAUUUAGAAUCAUAUUCCCUAUUAAAAGUGCACAUUUAAAAAGGAAAAAGUGGAACAUUUGAAAUUUAUCUAUACAAUUACGCUGCUUUGAUAUUUUAAAUGAUUCCUAAUUUCUUAGUACUUUUCAAGAUACAUCUCCUGCUAACUGUAAUAAAAAUAAUAAGAUAGGCUUACUUAUUUAUCAUUAUUAUUUACAAUGUCUAGUAUUGGAGACAAAUCAACACCUAUAAAUUUAAUUUUAUUUAACACACAAAGAAAUUUUUAAAUAAAAGAAUUCAGGAACAUAAAAAAAUUCGUCAUUACAUGUCACAGGACAUGCAGCCUACUAUUAAAAUUGAUUGCAGUGAUUAAUAAUUCAAAAUUUACCCUACUGAUCUUUAAAUAACAAAUAUACUAGAAUGGUGUUUUAAAAAAAUGGUUAAAAGUUAAUUGGUUACAUAUCCUAUGUAGCAGUAUACAUUUAAUAACUCAAUAAAAUUUAAAGAUUUUAUAUCCAUUUUACUAAUGACUUUAAUUGUUUAUUUUGGACUUAAUUUAUAUUGGGAAGAAUUAAAUAUAUUUUAUUUAUCACUAUUCUAUUAUUAUUAGAGAUACUUUCCUGCAAACAUAUUAUCAAUGACUAAUUUGAUUAGACUAUUGUUAUCUUGAGCAUUUCAUCACUUCUUUUCAAAAACAAGUUCUUUUCUGAGUAACAUUCUGAAUGCAUUGAGUUUUAAAAAAAAAGUUCUAUUAGUGCAAGCCAUUUAGAAAUAAAACAUCUUUGUCCGUGGAUUUCUAAAAUCUGCAGUCUAAAAAUGAAUUAAUUUAAAAAAUAAUUCUCUUAAAAAAAAAAAAGUUACAAUGUUUUCAAUAUGUCUACAACAGGUUUAAAUGGAAGAGGGAUUAGCGCUGAUGAAUCACCAGAGGAUUAUCAGGCAAAUUUGAGGUAAUAGAAUGUAGGGAGAUGAUGAUAUAUUAUGUUAAUCUGACGCUCAAGUGGAGCGUGUUCAGUCAUGUUUAAUAUUAUACAAAGUGUCAAUUUACACCACCACAUGACAUACGAUUUACAUGUGAUACAAUAUCCAUCAUACCCUUUUCAUUGAUUUAUGGAAUCAUAGACAGUAUUGUUAUACAGAUAACUUGUAACUUUUUUUACUUUAAAACUAUAUUAAUUUGACACAUUAUUAACUAAAGUUUUUUUUAAUUUGUCACAUUAACACUAAUACUGCUUUAAGUAUCUUUUAACUAAAAGUUUUUAAGAUGAUUUUAUCUCUUAAAAAGUAGUAGAAAUAUUUUGUUAAUAGAUAGCGCAAAAAAAAAACCAAAACAACAAUAAAAAUAUUAUUCCAUGUUUAAGUCUGUUAUAAAUCGAUUAUUUCAUGAAAUUUUAUAUCAUGUGCAUCAGUUAUGAAAUAUUUGCUUAUACAGUUCCUAUCAGAUAUUUUAUUUUAUAUACAUUUUUUUUUCAGAGGUAGUCUUGAGCCUGGUCUAGAGAGAUUCCUGUCUUCUUGUCAGAACACCAUUACUUGCUUGUACAUAUUUGACUGUGACAAUUUACUGACUGAUAAGUAAGUCAGCAUUUCUAUUUUAAAAGAUGAUGCGAACGUUCAAAUGCAUUACAGUUCAUUAUAAAAUAGCCAGAUAAAGAGUGAUGUAUGUUGAAAAAGAUAUCUGAUCAUAUUUUCUUGUUAAAGGAGAUAUCUAAUCAUACAUAUUUUCUUGUUAAAGGAGAUAUCUAAUCAUACAUCUUCUCUAGCACUUAAAAAGGUUCAUACUUAAUUUGGAUCAAAUUUUAUCUAUUAAUCGACUGCAAAAAAUUUGCGUUCUUAAUAAUUUACCUUUAAAGUGUUGGUGUUACAUUUUGAAGGAACAUUUUUCUUUAAAAAAAAACAUAAAAAGCACAAUUUUUAUCUCUUUUAUUUGCUUUUGUCCAGAUGCUUGUGGUUAGUGAGUGGUUAUUGUCGUCUACUGACCAAACUAACCUAUCAAAGUAAAUCAGACCCCAUAACUCCUCAACUCAUGUGGGCAUUAGGAGGAGGAUGUCCCGGUGUCACUUCACUUUUUGUGCAGCCAAAAUAUCCAUGGUGAGAAUACAUCUUUUUGUGUACAUAAGAAAUACAGAUUUUAUUUGACUUAAACAAGAAUUGAUAGCUCAAGCAUAUUUUUCCUAUUUAUUUUAUUUUUGGAAACGAGAGUGAAUAAAUAAAUAGUUAUCUCAGUUUGUGGAUUUAGGUCAUGAAUGCUGGGCAUAAUUUAUUCUCAUUGUAACUAAUUUCCUUUUUGAAUAAUACCCAUAAUACUUAGCUUUAUCUUUCUCAAAUAAAGUAUGGAGUUUUUUAUUGUUAAAAUUUUAUACUCACCGUAAAAUUUAAAAAUAAAAUAAAUCUAACUGUUAUGUUUUCUCUGUCUAACAUUUCACUUUUGUUUAUUGAAUAAACUGAUUGCUGCAGUGAUCUAAACUAAAAUCUUGGAUACUCUUGGAGAUAAUACAAGAAAAAAAAUAAGAAAAGAACUCAUUGAUAUUAAAUGUCUGUUUUAUUCCCAAUAGCCAUGACAAAUUAGCAAUGACCAAGUUAACAAUGAUGAAGUUAACAAUUACCACGUUAGCAAUGAUCAAGUUAACAAUGAUAGUUAACAAUGAUCAAGUCAAGAAUUUAGAAGUGAAAUAUUUUACUUAAUCUACAAAAUAUUAUGUAUGAAAUAAGACAAAAUAUAAUUCCCCAUGUCGUUGAUUUAAUGCAUUGAAUCUUAGCAAAAUUAUUUUUUUUACUAUCUAAUCUGAAACCCCAAAAAAUUCGAAACUCCACCCCCUAUUUCCAUUUUAUUUUUUGGAGUGAUACUGUCUGCUUCCACCCAUACCUCAUCUCCAGCUGACAGUUCCAACAGUACAGAUGUACUUGUUUGAAAAUCCUGGCCAUCGGGUGUGGCACACAAAGCUACUUGAUUUCCCAUGUGAGAAAUGGCCACCGUUAACAACCCCAUGGUGUUUGUGUUAAUGGACACACUGAAAUAGUAGAGUCCUGGAAUCUGAGCUUUAAAUUUACUUGUCUUGUGAUCAUAACAGUUCCUUUUAUUGAAAUUCACGAUAGAAAAGUGAAUAAUGUUUCCUGAUGUUACGAUUGUCUUUGACGUGGCCUCUGCCACAAAUGCUGACAUCACAUUCUCCUUGAGCUGAUCUGAAAUCAAUGGUGGAAAUCAUAGUAACUUAAUUUUUUAGCUUGUAUCUCCUAGAUUUCCUUCCUUAACUAGUUUUACAUUUAAAAGCAGUGCUUUUUAAUCCGGAUCUUUUUUCAGCAGAAGUUUGUGUAAAAAAUUAGUCAGGAAAUUUAAUGACCUCCAGGAGAAUUUAUUUCACAAGAAGUCGCUCACUAAAUCAUAGUACUGCACUCAUUUCUCAUUAGUUUAAUACCUAGAUAUAACACAAAUAGGUAUUCAUGUAUGAGUAUAACAAUGAUUUCAAAGAAUGUGCAAAAUAAAAUGACCAGAAGCAUUCUUAUAAAGUGUGUAACUUGAAUACAUGUUUUGUCAAUAAACUUUAGUAGAUGUGAAGUUCCUAAGAUCAUUGCUGAGUAGCCCUUGCAACCAGUGAAGUGCCCUCUUCAAAACCAUGCACAGAAACAUUACAAAUCCCUAUACAAACAUAGGAGCCAGAAUGAUCAACACCUUGAUUGUGGGCCAUCAAAAUAUAGAAUAAGAAGAGAAGACAAGGAAAUAAUGUUAUGUUAUUUAUAAGAUGCCUAAAAGAAGAUUUUUAUGAAUAUUCUAUCGGCAUCCUUCCGUCUCGUGAGACGAUGGUGCAUCACUGUUUGGUUGGGUUGCAUUUUCUCGAGUGGCUGUGCAGUCCUAUCCUUGAGUGACAGUCUUUACCACAGUUUUUACACACGAGUUCCGUGCUUCUAUAUGUUUUGGCCUUUCUCCUAGCUCUUCUGUCUGCAGCCUCUUCCAUUCUUCGCUCCUCGGCUACCAUGACGCCCUCUUUGACAACUGUGCGCCACGUAGAUCGGUCUUUUGCCUUACACUCCCAGUCACUUGUAUGUAUUUUGGCUGCUUUCAUGUCCGUUUGACAGACAUCUUUAAAUCGCAGACGUGGGCGACCUGUUUUCCUCUUUCCCGAAGCAAGUUCACCAUAUAGGAUGUCUUUCGGAAUGCGGCCGGGACUCAUUCUUUUAACAUGACCUAGCCAUCUCAGGCGUCUUUCACUAAGGAUUGUGAACAUGCUUUGGGUAUUCGCACGCAUUAGGACCUCACUAUUAGUCACUUUUUCUUGCCUAUUUAAUACCAAGGAUGCGACGCAGGCAUCUCAUAUGGAAGCUAUUAAGCUUGCGCUCUUGGGAUGUAUAGGUGGUCCAUGUCUCGCUCCCGUAUAGUAGUGUACUGAUGACACAAGCUCGAUAGACGCACAGUAUCAAUAUUCAAAGUAAAUGAAUAAAAAGACAGAAACAUCAAAUAUUAAUACAUGCAAACUAAAAGUUCUUACCUUGCUGCAAGAUCAAUACCAUCUGUUUGAAGUCUUCCAUUUUCUUUUUCAUCUCUGUUAUGUUCUCAGCUAUUUCAGCUCUAGAAGAAAUGUUUUUGUGUGUCUGGUUUAGAGCAUCUCUUAACUUUUGGAGACUAUCAAUUUUUUUCUUGACCUUAUUUAAAUCGUCACCAAAACUCUUCUGUUGAGCUGCAAGUCUGUUGCACUCUUCAUCAUUUCUAAGUUGAAUUUGAACUAUAAGUAGUUGUUUGGCUUCGGCAUUCUGCAGUCUUGAGUCAGUUGAUUGGUCCAAUAAUGACAGAUGAUCCUCAACUGUUUCAAAUCUCUUUGUCAUAUUUUCCUUCAGUUCAAGAAGUUGAGCAUAAAGAAUAUCAAAACCAGUGGUGCUUGGAGAAUUAAAAUCUUCAUUGGCUGGCUGUUCUGAUGUGUUUUCAUCAACUUCCCCAAAAAAUAUUUUAAAGAAAGUAAACAUUAACUUUAUGAGAAAAAAAGAAUACAAUUAGUCUACCAAAAAAAUGACAGCUCAUAAAUAUAAUGCUUUUAUUAAACAAACAAAAAGUCAAUUUAAAUAUAUAAAAACUGUUUUUUAAAUGAUCAUUUUGGUUUAAAAGAUUACAUUUACUCUAAAAUUUAAAAUUCCUAAAUGUUUGUUUACAUUUCAUGGUUAUUUGAUAAAUAAAAUCCUUACUAAAAUACUUACAAUUAAACUUUGUUAGAGUUUCCAGGGAUUUCUUAGAUAUAGAUAAGUUCUCUUGAAUAAGAUCUACAUAUGUUGCCAAUCGCACAGUUUCCAUAGUGGAGCUUGUUACCUCUAGAUUCAUCAACCUCAUUUCAGCCUGUGCUCAAAGAAAUGAUACUAGCUGACUGCCUAACAAUUUAAAAAUGAGUCUUCAUCAUCAGUUUUUAAAAAACUAGUAUUAAAAACAACAACUAAAAAUCAGUUUUAUAAAUAGCCUUUCGAUUGUAAAGUUAUUAGAUUAUUCGAGAGCACUAGAACUCAAAAUGACUCAUGAUUUCAACGCCUGCCAAUACCUGAUACAUAUUGUAAAUCAGUAAUCAAGGAGCUUAAGUGCACAUAAUAGUAUUAGUAUUAGUAGGUCAAGUACAUACUUUUGAUAUACAGCCAUUUACUGCCUUAAUUAUCUCCAGUAGAUGUAUAUAUUGUUUCUGGAUUUCAUCAAGCUUCUUUUCAAGUAUUAGCUGAACAGUAGUUCCCUGUCCCUGCCUUUGCUGGGACUGCAUCUGAAAACUAAGUACAUAUGUCAUAUGGUCAUUAUGGAAAAUGAAUGGUUUUCUUCUCAUUAUAUUAAUUAAACAAUUGGAAGAAAUUAUAAUAAUUUAAUGAAAAAAAGUAGGCGCACUGCUGAGAUUGUUAUAUUUUAACACGAGUAACUAUAUUUUAAUGAAACUUAUCAAAAUCAAUACUAUACUGUAUACUGAUACUAUACAUUAUUCAUUAUACACUUCUAUACUAAUUAAUACUAUUAGUAGGCCUAUAUACUAUGGUGUCUGUUGUCUCCUCUACAACUGUUAAACAAUGCAAUGGUGAAAGUUAAUGGAUAGUCAUCUAUUAAUUAUUUUUUUCUCCUGCAUUCCAACUAUGACUACGUUUAAUGAAGAAGUUUGUUUUUUCUGAUUGGGUAGCAAACCAAAAACUUUACUUUAACUUUAACAAUAAAGCUACGAACGUUUUUGGAAUAUAGGAGUAGUGUUCACAAAACACUUUGAAUACACUGGUGCUACACACUAAACUGAUUGCCAAUUCACUACACACUAAACUGAUUGCCAAUUCACUACACACUAAACUGAUACACUGAUAGCCAAUUUACACAGAAAUUUUCUUUAUUAAGGAUAUCACUUAAAAUGUAGACCAAUGUUUCUCAAAGGGAAUUCCCAAAAACUUCCUCACAAAAACUUCCCCCCCCCCCCCGAACUUAAAAAAAAAAAAAAAAAAAAGGAAACGGAAGUGACACUUUUAGCAGAAAAUCUCUUAGAGCGAGUUAUCUUUUCUUAAAAUCUUGUUAACUUUAAAAAGUGUUAGACAUCAUAGUCCAUAGGCCUAAUGGGUCGUAAAUUCCCACAAAAUUAGACUAGAUGAUAAGAGAAAAAAAAAGCUUAGGACUUUGGAAGCACUCCCUUAAAUGUGUUAAAUAAUCGUGCCCCCCCCUUUCCCAAUCUCCCAGUCCUUUUCUUUUCGCCAAUGCUGCUGUUUGGUUCAGAGUAAUCAGGCAACGAAAUAAAUACGUUACAAAUUACGUCAGGGGCACAGAAUCACAAACGGUGGCCUUAUAGUUGUCUCAGUAUUUAAGAAUUAUUAAAUGUACGUAGGCCUACUUUCUCCCGACCACGACACCCACCAGUUCGCAAAAUCUCCAAACUCAACAACCCCUUGUCCCUGCAGUGACACCGGAGGGGGGGGGGGAUGGAAAACACGCGUACCGAUACUUUUUGAGGACUACCUUUGUGUACAGUCCCAUUAUUCAAUAUCAUUUCUGCAAGUUCUAAAAUUUCUAAUUUUUUUACUCCAAUGAAUAGAAAUUAAAAAGGAACAUUAUCUUUAUUAUACUUAGCACACAUCUUUUGAAAUUUUCUCAUGAUUUAAGUCUGCCUAGGCCUAAUAAAUAUUUAAGAAUGCCCUCUAAAACAUUAUGCGUGGUAACUUUGUAUAGAGCUGUUCUGCCAGAUUUCAGAGUAAUUAUUGUACACUGAUUUGUAUGACACUUUGAACAGCAAGUUGCCAUUUUAUUAUAAUUAGCUUUUUAAAAAUACUUUUCUAAUAAAAAGGAUAAUUUCUUACAGUGACAAGAUAAUUUCUAUGAACAACCGUUGUCUGCUUCUCAUUGGGCAGUUCUACAAAGACCUUCAGGAAGUGGGACUUGGAGGAAAGGAAUUUGAUAUUGCUGGUCUACUUCCCUUUGGUGAGAGUUAACUAUAUGCAUAUUCACUUUCAGGGCUGUCCUGCCAAUGACUUGUAAUGUGCCAAACUUGGACUCCCAAAACCCACUUUUCCCCCAAUAAGUUUGUGUGUGGUGAAAAACUGAGUAGGCCCUGGUGGUGUUCAUUAGGAAGUCUGCAAAAAUUCAAGUACCGUAUAUUUAUUACACAUUUUUAAUAACUAUUAAAAUAAGACAUAAUUAAAUACAAUAUAAAAUGUUAAUAUUUGAAGAACAAAAACUAUUAAUUUUAAAAUAAGUUUCUAUUACCAUACUUUAAAAUAGACAUUUUUAAGGUGGAUAAGUGCAUUAAAAAAAUUGACACAGGGUUGAAAAAGGACUCAGGGUUGCCAACCGUCAUUGAAUUUACGGUCUUUAUAAAUUUCACCUAAAAUGUCAUGCCAAUAAAAGUCAAUACAAACUUAAGGGUGUCUGUAAAAAAACUGAGACAUUGUAAAAACAUUGGUGAGGUGAAACUAAGCAGGGUAUGUUCAUUUUAUGUUUUGAUUUCUUGAUAGCUUGCUGUAAACUCGUAUGUUCAUAAUCAAUUCUGAUGAGAAUGCUAUGCAAUGACUGAAUGAGGAAAUAAUUUUAAAAUAUUGUCAACCCUCUUGUCAUAUUACCUAAUAAAAAAAGUGUGUUAAAUAUGGAUAUUUGUCCUUGUUCUUAAGCUUCAUAAGUUUAAUUUAAAAAUAUGUCUGUACAAAAUUUUGUUUGUCUGCAAAAAUGGUGGAGAUUUAAAAUAUGAGUAAAUUAAAAUUUUUCAGUUGGCAAUGCGGCAGGCCUGAAAUAAUUUUCUUAAACAUGACAUUCUUAUAAACAUUAGAUUGUAAAAAUCAAUGAUUUAAUCUAUUGCUUCAUUCCAUGUUUCUAGUCCAGUCAUGUCAACGCCUGAAGUUUAUUUUGUUUGAUCACUGUAUGACAAUUACAAAUGAUUCAGCAACAGCUUUGUGCAGGACUGGCCUGAAAAACCUUCACACACUGCACAUCAUUGGGGCAAAUGUUGAGGCAAAAGCACUUCAAACUUUCCAAGGUAAGUUAAAAAAAAAAAUGGAAUAAAUAUCCAGCAGCUCUGUGAGGAGACAUAGGAAAGCUGCAACUUUUGGUAGCUUUAAGGAAAAUAAAUCAAUCCCGGUAGACUGAUAUUUGAAUUAGUAAACAUUAUUUAUGGUCAUCAAUAUAUGUAACAGGUAGGGGGGAAAAUGUUUUGAAGAAACAUUUUUUUGUCAUACCGGUUACUGUACGCAUUGCCAUGUUACAUAAUUACAGGAAAUUGCAGACAGCUAAAAACCGUUGUUGUCAAAAUGAAAUUACAAGAUUGUGUGGAAGAUCCUAGUAAGAAAAAGGAUAAAGAAAACUAUAAGAAAAUGGUGAAAGCUUUGGAGGUAAUGUUGGAAAUAGCCAUAUUUAGUGGUACAAAAAAUCAUUGAAAUUAUCAAGUACCGCAUAAAAAUAAGUUUGUUUUCUAAUAAUUUACAGUGAUUAUAAAUAUUGUAUGCGGUAUUUAUUAUAACAAUAACAUCUUUUAAUAAAAAUAAUUUCUUCAUAAUUAAUAAAAUUCAUUAAUGUUAAUGAAUUCAAUGAAAUAAAUUAAUAGGUAGGUACCCGGAACUUAAAACUCAAUUCUUGCUAAAACUUAAGAUCACAAAUUUUAAAUAAAAAUUUCUCAGGCUUUGAAGACAAAAGCUGGCAUUGGAAACAUCUUCAGACUGGAGGCUGGUCCACCAGAGUAAAGACCAUUACCCCGGUAUAUGUAAACAACAGAUUAUAAACUUUUUGAGUACCGGUACUGGUUGUAUGUGAAUAGUGGAAGUUCUUGACAUAAACAUUUCAUAAUUUUACAUAUAGAGCCCAUGUUUGUUCCAUGUCCUUUGUUUCAAGAAAACUUAAUUAAAUCUGAGAAUCUGAUGACUGAGUGAUUUUAGAACAAUCAAGUUUAAUUUUUAUAUCUCAUGAUUUUGUAAAAGACUCCAUUGGUUGUUUCCCUGAAUUCCUUAAUGAUUAUAUUGUUACUUCAUCUGUCUAAUGGCUCAUGACCAUUUUAAUCAUCAGAUUGGGGAUGCACAGAUGGUUUAUCAUCAGACAGAAACUAGCAUGAAAUUUUUUUGUGCAAUAGGUAGGAAAAUGGACAAGAGAUCUCCAGUUGCACAGUUAACUCUGACUUUUCUAGCAUAUCUUUUGUGCUCUGAUUAUAUUAUACAUUUUUCAGAUCACUGUAAGUGCACACUCCAUAAAAUCUUUAAUUAGCCAUACCUGGAUGAUCACAUCGAAAUAUUCCCUAAACUUUGAGUUUAAUUUUUGUCUAUCUGCAUAAAAAUUAUGAACGACAGCCUGGCACCAAUAUUUAUGUUUUGCAAUUUUUAUAAUUAAACUUUUAAAAUGUGAAUUAAUGUGCACACUUUUCACAUGUACUCUGUGCUCUACAUCAAAUUUUACUGAAUCAAAUAUUAAAUAUUGUGCUGGUCACUUAUCAAUAAAUAUAUUUUUUAAUUUAUAUUAUAUGGUAUUAUGCUGUAAUUGAGUAGAUUUUCAAAGGUAUUUUAUUAUCACAUUUUAUAAACUUUCAAUUAUUUUUUUAUAAAAAAUGAAUUGUUAAUAUUUAAUAACAGCGUGUAAGUGUAAGAUUAUAUGAAAAAUAAAUUUAAAAUAGAUUUGUUAUUUAUGAAUACUGAGCAUCACAUUUUAUUUGUGCUUUGUAAUUUUAUGAGAUUAUAGUAUUUUAAUGUGGUUUCUAAUUUUAAUGGUUUCAUCUAUCUGUUCUUCUCUUAU